UCGUUUUCUUGUUCGUAUGGGUGGGCGAAAACAUCCCCGCACCUCCCCACAACACCCCCAAUCCAAUUUUAACACCCUCAACAUCAAUUUAAGGGCUAUGGAUGGGUAAAUUACCCAACUCCACGAGCAACAACGAAACGGUUGAAUUUUCAGCAUUCGGAGGAGCAACAACGGUUGAAUUUUCAAUAGGUAGAGGAAGAUCAAUGCAAGGCAUUUGAUCUUAUGCAUGCCAACUUUGAUCGUAGCCCUCUGAGUGGGGUAAUUUUGGUGGACCUAAUGGCGGCAAUGGAAGCUAUGGUGAUGGCUAUGACGGUAAUGGCGGUGGCACUUGUAGGCUUUUCGUACCUCUAUCCUGCAAUGCCGAAGAAGAAACAGAGUGUUGGAGAGGCUUCUAUGGCACGAGUGACCGACCGUCCAGAACUUAAAUUUGAGCCGAGAUAUCAGAACAUGAAGCUUAAUUGGGCGGUCUUCAGGCAGUUUGGGAAAUCUUCUGCCGGCUUUCUUCUCCGUGACCACUCUGGAGCGAUGGUGGCCGCGGACGGCUUUCCUCUGAGCGGCUCGAGUGUUGAUGACGAAGAGAUCUUGGCUCAAGCGGUGCGGUGGUCUGAAGGAUUGGGGUUUCCAAAUGUGGAGAUCGAUGUUUCCUAUUCUAAUCUGUUGGGGUCAGGUGUUGUGGGCCUUAAUGGGCCGGGUCUGAGUUUCAAUUAUUCGUCGGUCCAUGUUAAUAAAUCAGCGAAAAUUGUGGCUAAGUUGGGCUGCCUUAAGCCUUUUUCGUGGAAGAAGGGGAAACAUAUUCCCAAAGAGCUUGAUGGAUCGAUCAAGGUUGAUGCAAUGGAAAUACCUUAUAUUUUUUGAUUGAUUCUUCUCAAUGUAUUGUUUUGUCUUUGAGGUUUUUUGUCUUUUAGAGAAGUUUAGGCAUAGUCCCCUUCUCUGAUUGUACUCGUAUUGGUUUUAAUAUAAUUCUG